CGGCUCUCCCCCUGUGUCUCAGGAGUGGAGUGGGGGCUGAUUUUCCCUGAUGCUAACGGCGAGUACCAGUCGCCUAUUAACUUGAACUCGAGAGAAGCUAAGUACGACCCCUCGCUCCUGGAAGUGCGUUUGUCGCCAAACUACGUAGUGUGUCGUGACUGUGAAGUGAUCAACGACGGGCAUUCAAUUCAGAUUGCCCUGAAGUCCAAAUCAGUGUUAAUAGGGGGGCCAUUACCUCGAGGACAUGAGUUUGAGCUACAUGAUGUUCGAUUUCACUGGGGGAGAGAAAACCAGCGUGGUUCUGAACACACAGUUAAUUUUAAGGCCUUUCCCAUGGAGAUAGGAAAAGAGCAUGUAGGCCUAAAGGCUGUAACUGAAAUUCUCCAGGACAUCCAGUAUAAGGGAAAGUCCAAAACAAUACCCUGUUUUAAUCCCAACUCUUUAUUGCCAGAUCCUCUUCUGCGUGACUACUGGGUGUAUGAAGGCUCUCUAACCAUUCCACCCUGCAGUGAAGGUGUCACCUGGAUAUUAUUUCGCUAUCCUUUGACUGUGUCCCAAGUGCAGAUAGAGGAAUUUCGUAGACUGAGGACACAUGUUAAAGGUGCUGAACUUUUAGAGGGCUGUGAUGGAAUCCUAGGAGAUAACUUCAGACCAACUCAGCCACUUAGCGAUAGAGUCAUCAGGGCUGCAUUUCAGUAGCAGAAGAACAGCAAAAUAAAUCUUUAUUUAGAGAGGGAGAAGACAAUGCUCCCACAGUGCCUCAGAUGAGAAAUGGAAACUUUUGAGGCUGCUACUUCAGCUGAACCACAAAGCCUGUAUUGUUUGUCUUCAUCUAAUUCAGCCUUGAUAGACAGCUGUGCCAGUUGGUCUGUCCGCGUGGUCCAGUGAAAUUCUGGGAAUGGGGCUGUACGUUAAAGAAGAAAACACAUUAAAUCUUCCAAUUCACACUGUUAACUAUUUUUAAAUGGUAAUAUCAUUGCUUAUAUAGUUUCUUUGCCAUAGCAUUCAGCACAGUGGUCUGUGAUCCAAAUAGUACUAAUUUUAAACUUAGUAUGAAUGUUGAUAUGUAGAAAUACUCAUUAUUGUUUUGAAUGUUAGAUUUAAUUUUAUUCCAUAUCAUCUCUUGUACUUUCAGUAACCAUCUUUCUGUAGAGGGGAAGAGUAUUCUAUAAAGCUAAUAAAAACAUUGUUCACAGAGAGUAUUAUACAAAUUCAGAGUUAAUUUUUGGGCAGAAAGAGCACUUCUCUGCCAAAUCUAGGCACUUAAGAUGGUUUAUCUAAAUAAGGCUAAAUGACAUUUGCAUUACUAGGAAUCUUACUGAAAUAAAGGACAAUUUUGAAAUAAGGAAAAUUAACUGGUAUAACAAUAAACAGAAUCAUCUGGA